AUGCACUUUCCGUCUCAAGUUCAACGCCAGCGCAUUAACUCGACAAGUCCUAUACGAAGUUAUCAGCAAGCGAAUGCGCGGGACGCGGCAACACCCUGGUAUAUAGUACCUCUUGGAGACGAAGAUGAGUCGCAAGAUAUCUGCGUGUUAAAGAUGGAACGGAAAGGUGCCAUGUGUGCCACCGAAGUUGUAGCUAAGCACGACUCAGAAAAUCCCACACGGACGAACGGACCCAUGAUUUGUGAAGCACAAUUGAGUAUGAUUAGAGAAAAAGGUCGUGAACAAGAGCAAGAUACCUUCGGCAGGAAAAACGAAUCCAGAUGCAUCUUUACUCCGGUCAAAAAGGCGAGAAAGUUCAGCCAUCCACCAGUUGCAGCCCGUCCUGUAAAUGGCGUUUUGAAUGAGGAUAGGCGACCACCAUCCUCGAUCGCGUCAGGCGUCGACUUGCGCUUUUUUAAUGAUGGCGAAGAGAUUUUGCACAAGAGCAGAGACCAACGGACUAAGCAAAUUUUUUCCGAUCAAGCUCCACAUGAUGCCCUUACGAGUUCAAAUUCACAGCUCAUUGACUACAAAGAGAUCGAUCAGACAGAGCUCCAGCAACAGGAUUGUCGCUACUUGUUACCGGAAGCAGGCUUAAACAAUAGGUCAGACAGCGAAAAUAAAGACCACCGAGCAUUUUCGACCAGUUCGCGCGAGCCUGGUCGGCGAGACUUUCACCAUCGGAGAUUGAAAACCUCGAAAUUGCUUCGUGACUGUGGUCACACUACGGCCAUUGAUUCCGCCAACCAUAUCUCGUUUAAUCCCCUUCAAGACGCCACACCGCCUGUAAGUCCAGUUGAAGAUUCACCUUUGCCAUUUAAAAUGAGUCGGACAGAAGUUGUACAACCCCAACUAUCAUGCAAACUUAAUCGUGCAGUAAGUACAUUGCAAGUCCCAUCGACAUCAUUGGCAAAUGAUUGCCUUGAAAACCAGACGAACUUAACUCCAUCGCCUCCGUAUUCGCCCCCAUCACCUUCGACAUCGUCGCAGGGUAGCCUUAUACUUGGUCGGCCACCACAGGGAUGGCAGAAAAAUUUGCUGCUGGCUCAGAGAUUUUCAAGCGGUCAUCCAUAUCCUGGCCGGAGUCCACCCACGUUUGACUCUAACCAUAAUGAUUUUGGGGAUGUCGCUAGCACCAACGCUCAUAUAGAUUCAAGCCCUUCACAUAGCAGCUCAAAAACAGACGAUAAUGACUCGAUCAUCGACGCGAUUGUUCCCAUUGAUGCAAAAGAUCGCAUUAUGGCGAUUGCGGCUUACCAAAACUGUCAAGGGAAAUUGCGAGAGCGACGCCAACAACGAUCAACAAUGAAAAUGAAUUUCAGUAAUUCCACAAGCGAAAAUAGCAAGACAAUACACCAGGCUUGGGUUAUGUCGUCACGCACGAAAAAAAUAUUGAGCGAAGUUUCUACAUCAAAGUCAACCUCUGUCGAUAACACAGCCAAACAUCAUGACACAAGAUACAUAGAAAUGGAGAGUGUAGCAGUCUACAUGUACACAUUGGUGCAAUGCUACAAAAGCGACGAGAUACAUCGUUCGCCAGCAAACAAUCUCAGUAUGUUGUCAUCUGAGUCUACCGCCUUACACAAAUUUUAA